GGUGUACUGUAACUUACAUUUCUCUCUAAGAGAAAGAGUAACAAGGAUAAGAACGCACGGGCGAAGGCCAUUGGACGGACGUUUAAAUAUGUAUGACGUACGGAGUCAUGGCAAUUACCAUCUAGAACGAGUUGGCGUCUUAAUUAGGUCGUCUUGUCGACGACAUCGACGACAUCCAUCCACGUCGGUGGUGACGACGCGACACGACGACGACUACGACUACGACAACGACAACGACAACGACAACGACAACGACAACGACAACUACUACGACUACUACGACGACGACGACGACGAAGACGACGAAGACGACGAAGACGAAGACGAAGACGACGAAGACGAAGACGAAGACGACGACACGACGACUAUGUCCGUGACGUUGAACGUCUACGUGUCGACGACCACUCACCCUUUUACCACUUUGACAUUUUCAUCGGGGCUGUGAGAUCUCGUCUCGGUUGGAGAACGUUGAGAAAAAGAAGGAUAAAUGAGCCAUGGAGGGCAGAGCUAUAUAUGGCUAUAACGUUCUCUUUUGCUUUUCUUUUCUUAAAGUACCAACUUCUUCGUAUCGAUCAAGGAUCUGACAUGAAAAAUGAUUUGUGAUCAUG